UAAGUAAAGAAUAAAGGAAGAAUACAGGGGUUAGGUACUGUCAAGCCACAGAGAUCAUUAUAACUUUGGGCAAUGAAUUAGUCUGUAGAAGUUUCAUUGGCACUAAGGCAAAAGGGACUGAAGCCCAACUCUCAAAAAAGAUCACCCUAGCUGCCCAUCAUGGCUGCUGGAGAAGCUACGCCUGAUAAAGCAGAAGGUUCCAUAUUAGAGAUCACCAAGCAAGAUUUUUUUCAAGAAGCAAAAGCUCUCAUUGCCCAACAUAAUGAGAGAGUAAAUGAGAAUAAAGUUCAAAGUACUUCUAUAAAUGUUUUUAGAAAUAAACAUCAAAAACCAAAAUCUGUAAAAUUUAUACCUUUGGAGAUUAAAAAAGAAGAAACACUUGAAGGAGUCCAGGAACUUUGGACGGCACACAAAAAGAUUUAUUUUCCCAAACACCCGUUCAAAAGGGAACAUUUUGAGGAGACCCCGCAACAAACUUCUUUUAAGGAGCCAUGCAUGUUUAGUGUAAAGGAAAAAUUCAAAGACCCAAUGGAUCUAAUUGUGAAAGAACAAGUUAAACUGGGUAAAAUCGUGACUAAUAUUGAAUCAGUGAGUAAAAAAAUGGAGAGAGAAAAGCAUCAGCACCAUGAGAAGGCCAGAAACAGAUUAUUGGUCUCACCAUAUGCCAGCCCCGUCAUCAACCUUGGCUUGCCCUUACAACCUAUGACCUCUUCCAUGGGGCUUCUAAAAGAACAUGAUAAAACAUUCUAUGACUCGAGAGGAAUUAUGUCAACAAAGUCUACCCGUUUGGCUCCUGAUGCCAGCUGGCCUAGUUUGUAUGGGUCAUCAUCAGUGUUUCGGGAUUACCGUUCUAAAAACUUACUGAAGAAAGAGCAACAGCCUAUCCAACCAGAACCAAAGCCACAACCCAGGCUAAAAUAUAUUCAAACUAAAAGUGGCAAACUUGACAAUAAAGUUAAAAGAAUUGGACCACACAUAGAAAUCUUCCAAGUGUUCCGGGAAAAAACCAAAUUGAUAAAUACCAAAAAAAUAGUGAAAAUGAUCACCAUCAUGCAGGCCUAUGUCAGAGGGUGGCUUGAACGCAGAAGAUACCAGAGAAUAAUGACCAAG